UACAAAUUUUCUUAAUAAAUGCCUGGAGUUUGUCCACGUUGUAAUCGCGAGGUUUACUUCGCAGAGGAAAAAUUAGCUCUUGGAAAAGUUUGGCAUACGUUUUGUUUCUCUUGUCGUAGCUGUAGAAAAUUACUCAAUAGCUGUAACGUCGUGACACAUCUUAGUGAAUUAUUUUGCAAGAAUUGUUAUAUUCGUCUGUUUUUAUCCACUGCGAAUCAUGCAAUUAAAGCAAUACCAAACUCGUCUGCAACUUUAACACUUUCCAAGGAAUUAUUAAAUUGUUACUGUUGCGACGCAGAAAACUCAAUCGGUAACGCGUCAUUAAACAGAAAUCAACAUUAUCAAUCCGACAAGUAUAGACUUCGUGGUGGAGGAAGUGAAGUUGAGGAAACAAAUAUUUGUCUUGACGAAGAAAAAAAACAUUUCAUAGAAAACGAGUGUGCAAAUCUAGGUAUUGUCAAUUCGAUGACAACAAUUUGUGAUCCGCCACCCAGUCCUACCGCAAUAACUACGUGGUAUAAUCGGCAACAUUCUAGGUUUCGCAGUACGUUGUCUCCGGAGUGGCAGAAGAAUAACACUAACGCGAAAGAUUGUCGAUUUGAAGUGCAGAAACAAGAUACAGAUCAAUUUGAGCCAAAGACUUCGUUUAGUAAUAAUGAAGUCAACAUUACAGAGGCUCAGUUAAGCACAGAUAAAACUCAAGUGACAUCUAUCAACUGGAAUAAUAAAAUUAACAAAUACGAUCCCGUAUACGAAUUUAGUGCCAAUAGCGUCACUAUUCCGUCAAGACGAAAAUUUGCGUAUCCGCCGGUACCACCGCCUCGCAAUCCGUUGCCUUCCCGACGACGAGUCUCGUUCUACGACGUCGUCUUCGGGGAUAUGCGCGGAAACGACCAGAAUUGUAUCUCGAAAAUGCAAGAUGAUCAUCAUAGGCCCUGUUGCAAUAAUGAUAAUAAAAAGGAAUACAAUAAUUCUUUCGACAUUUGGCAAGCGGACGAAUCGGUUGGUAAAAACGACGGCGGAUACGAAAAUAUUAAUGUAAAUUAUACCAAAGAUAGUGGCAGAAUGCAUUUUGAAAAAAGCGCGUCGGACUGUGGUGAAGAAGACACGUUAAGUAAAUGCAAUGACAUCGAGAAGAGUCGUGGACAAGAUCAUUGCAUCGAAGGUAAUUCAGAAUCGCGCGCGUACAGAAUAAUGAACGAGAAAGAUGAUGCAUCGUCGAAAGAAGACGCUAUGACGUACGGUCAUCAAAGUGGCCCGAAUUCAUCGAACGAACUUGAUGAUAAUGAACGAAUGCGGGGAGGAUGCGGUGGACCGUGCGGACCUCGUGUUAGACUUCCAUGUGGAACAGUGAAAGUCGAAACUGCUUGUCUUUGUAAAAGAGAGCCAGAACCAUGUCGCGUUGUGACAUCUUGUGCGACUUGUGCAACAACACCAUGUGCCGAUAGACGUAGUUGUUGUUCAUCGUCAAGUGAUCGGCCAGUUUGCAAAAAAUCAAUUAUUAAAUGUCGUCCACCGUGCAUGGGAGAAUCUUCUUGUGGAGGAGGUGGAUGUUGCGGAGGUGGAUGUCGUGGUGGUUGUGGAAAACCUGGACAAACGUGUUUACCGAAUCCAUCAAGACUUUGCACGACACCUUGCCGACCGUGUUCGCCUUGUUCCCCACCAAAGCCAUGCGCUCCACAAAUAAUUUGCUAUUGCGGUCAAAAAUGUGGAAAUUGUUGUGGAAGUGGGAAUCGUGCAUGUUGCUGUCGAUCAAAAAGUCCAGUAUGUCGAAAUCGAAGCAGAAGAUGUUGUAGUACCGAAAGGGCUGAACCAAUGGUCAUUGAAUCAGGAUGUUGUCGACCGAAAUCUGGUUGCGAAUGUUUGGGUGGAGGAGUUGAUUGUCAACGCUGUGGGCGAAAAGUAUAUCAAGCUGAAAUGCAGAUUGUAUCCGGUAUGCCGUUUCAUAAUACAUGCUUCAGCUGCUAUUGCUGUAGAAAACCCUUGGAACCGUUAACAUAUCAAGAAAAUUGUGGAGAAAUUUAUUGCAAACAAUGUUAUGUUCGAAAUUUCGGACCUCAAGGAUAUGGAUACGGCGUGGGACCAGGUACAUUACAAACUCCUAUGUGAAGUUAUUAUACAAAAUUAAUUAACUUUAUUAUCUCAAAAUUAGUUAUAAAUAACUUAUACAUGACAAUUUUUACUUCAUAGUUUGU